CAAAAGCUUAACGUACUCCCACAGAAUCGACCCUAACAAACAGCUCUGUCCGUACGAAGUGGGCGGUCGCUGCAACGAUAAGAGCUGCGGCUUCCAGCACUUCAAAACAAUGGAUCUAUCCGACAACGACUUGUUACGAAUCUUGGGCACGGAGCGCAUGCCGGCCAGCGAUCCCGAGAGUCAGCAGCGAUGGCGGACUGGUCUUCAUGCGCUCAUCAAAGAGUUGCGCAUCACUCACAAGACUCAAGACGUUGAUGUGAUUGCACAGCGCAUCGCAGACUUCCGUCGAGAAUUUAUUGGCGAUCCGACCAAGACUCUGCUGCUCAAAGACACCUGAGGCGUGAUCCACUCUGCCGAGCAAGCAAGCUUGGCUUGUCUGUUGGCUUUGUGCUUGGCUUUUACAUCAUCGUGACCCUUCUUGUCUCUUCUGUUACCAACACCGACAUGAUACAGCGCAUCGCGAGAAGCAUAUUUGGGGAGUAAAAGCAGCGCAGAAAGAACAGAGAGGAUGAGCUUGGCGAGCUAUUCUUCCGGGCAAGUUGAAGGGAAGGAGGCAUGUCCGGAGGACAUGUUGUGGAGCGCCCGCGGUUGGGGCCACUCCACGCAGUAGCAGAUGCUCACACGCGUCGAGCUUCUCUGGCCGCGACGAUAGAAUGGCUU